UGUUUUCUUGCUCUCCUCAGAGGCUCUUCCCGCCACCAUGUUUGUCCUGGUAGAGAUGACUGACACAGUAAGAAUUCCUCCCUGGCAGUUUGAAAGAAAACUGAAUGAAUCCAUUGCUGAAGAGCUAAACAAGAAAUUGGCCAAUAAGGUUGUAUACAAUGUUGGCCUCUGCAUCUGUCUGUAUGAUAUCACAAAGCUGGAAGAUUCGUACAUAUUCCCUGGAGAUGGUGCAUCACAUACCAAAGUGCAUUUCCGCUACGUGGUCUUCCAUCCCUUCCUGGAUGAGAUUCUCAUUGGACAGAUUAAAAGCUGCAGCCAGGAUGGCGUUCACGUUUCUAUUGGAUUCUUUGAUGAUAUUGUCAUCCCACCAGAAUCCCUGCAGCAGCCAGCUAAGUUCGAUGAAGCCGAACAGGUGUGGGUGUGGGAAUAUGAGACGGAAGAAGGGGCCCAUGACCUUUACAUGGACAUCGGGGAGGAGAUCCGCUUCCGAGUCGUGGAUGAAACGUUUGUUGAUACAUCACCAACAGGUCCGAGCUCUGCAGAGGCUUCCACUUCAAAUGCCACGGAAGUCCAGAAGAAAGAGGCACCCUACACUCUUGUGGGAUCAAUCAGUGAGCCAGGCCUGGGCCUCCUGUCGUGGUGGACAAACAGUUAGCUGCAAUCGGAGCCUGCUCCCCAGAAAGUCUUUCGGGUGGAUGUUUGGGGGAUAAUGGGACCCUGCUGGUGCUCAUUGCUCCUCUGAAGCUGAAUGAGAAAUGAGACCUGCCAUUCUCUGUUUCCCCUUCAGCUUCCAACCUGCCAGAUAGAGACAGUCGCUUUCAAGAAACGUCUUCGCUGAUCUGUAGAAGUGAAUUUACAGGCACAAAAAGCCUUGAGCGCAGCAGCAACAAACUCAGCUGGAGCUUUGGUCUCCUGCCCUGGAGGGAAAACUGGGGAGGUCUUUACUUCCCUGAAUUAAGGAGUUGACUUCAGUGAGUGAAAGCAGGAGAGAAUGCAUGUCAAGAAGUAUUGCUUCCUUGGGCUGAGAGCUUGAUCUCAGAGGGGUAGAAACCUGCCCUUCUUUUGGCAGGAAAUGGAGAAGAAACAGCAAAAGAUGAGCGUUGUAGAGGUGUGGUCCUCGGGAGACCUGGAAAAUGGAGAGCGGGGGAGGUGGUGGUAAUGUUCUGCUAAGAAUGGGAACUUAACCCAUGGAUAAAGUCAGCCAAAAAGAACUGGAAUGACAGUAGUUUACCCACGAGUAAGUUAGGCUCGGUGAAGAUGACCACUGUGGAAAGCUACAGGCUGCUUAUUGUGCUGAGUGGAAAUACUGUAUUGAGUGGGCUGUAUUUACGUAGAAUGACCUAACUUUGCAGGAGUUUGACUGAAAAAAACAUAAUUAUGAACUGAAAUGGACCAAGGCUGCUUUGAGCAAGCUCAAUACUUGUUUGUGGGGGGUGUGUUAAUACCAGAAAUGGAAUAAAUAAUAAAA